GAAGCGCUGCGAGAAGUGGAUUGUUCUCCUCUGGACUCUCGGAAAUCUGACUGGGCGACUCAAGACCGCAGAGAACAACCGGAUCCCCGAGAGUUGGCACUUAUCACAGGUCAAACAAACAUAUUCUGUGACACAUUUCUGCAGCGCUGCAGUGGGAGGACACUAACAAACUGUAAUGCUGAAAUAUGAGAGAACAGAACCGGGGCGGGUGAAGGCACAUGGGAGAGGACUUGCCGUAUAUUCUGGGCUGUAAAAAGGAGGAAAAAUGUGCUGAAGAGAUGAUUACAACAACUUUGAUUCCCGGCGGCGAAGCUCUGCACACCUAUCACUCCAGGCAACACAAAUGGACUGAUAGACGGAGAGGACUGUAGAGCCGAACUGUUACACUUCAUCCUACAGUUUCAUCAGACUUUGGAGAGACAGCGUCAUUCACAAGGGGAGCUGAUAUCCACAAAGGAACUCGGUUCCUGAAGCCAAAAUGUUCCGGCUGACUCUGGCAGCUUUGGGUCUUUUGUGGAGCAUUUUCAUUUGCAACAUGAGCACAAGUUGUGCGCAAGAAAGACAGGGUUACCUGGUCGCCGCCCCCUCGGUGUUCCGAGCGGGUGUUGAGGAGAGUGUGAGUGUAACCAUCUUCAAUGCAAAAGCAGAAACACCCGUCCAGGUGCAGCUGUCGGUGAAGGGACAGACAGUCGCCCACAGUCACAGCUCAGUGUUCGAUAAAGGAACCAUCAAACUGAAGGUUCCCUCUGGGCUCAGAGGUCAGGCCCAUCUGAAGGUGUGGGGGAACCGUCACCUGACAGAGGGAGGUUACAUUUUCCACAACUACACUACCGUCACCGUGGAGAGCAAGGGCACCGCUGUCUUCAUCCAGACUGACAAACCCAUCUACAAACCCAAACAUAAAGUGUUCAUCAAUGUUUACACAGUCUCACCUGACUUGAGGCCAGUGAAUGACAAGAUUGAGGCAUACAUUUUGGAUCCAAAAGGAUCCAGGAUGGUCCAGUGGAAGGAACUUCCAUCUGUCUGCUGUGGGAUUGUGAAUAUGAGUUUUCCUCUGUCCGACCAGCCUGUGUUUGGAGAGUGGUUUAUCUUUGUAGAGGUCCAGGGCCACACCUACAACAAGUCGUUUGACGUGCAGAAAUACGUUAUGCCCAAGUUUGAGCUGGUGAUCGAUCCACCACGUUACAUCCGUGAUCUCAGCUCAUGUGAGCAGGCCAGCGUCACAGCCAGGUAUAUCUUUGGGAAACCAGUGACAGGAAAGUUGACUGUGAAUAUGACGGUAAAUGGGGUUGGUUACUACCGCCAUGAGAUGGGCCAUCCUGUUAUCAAAACUCUGGAGAUCAAGGGCUCUGCAAAUUUCAGCCUGUGUGUUAAGGAGAUGAUGCCUGUGGAUGUGGCUGAUCACUUCAGGGGGACAGUCAGCAUUUGGGCAUCUGUGGCCAGCAUUGACGGGAGCAGGCAAACCACGUUUGAUGAUUCCACAGCAGUUCACAAACAGCUCAUUGACAUCAAGUAUUCAAAGGAGACACGCAAGCAGUUCAAGCCUGGUCUACCCUACAAAGGAAAGAUCGAGGUUACCUAUCCUGAUGGAAGCCCAGCUGACGGGGUGAGGGUGCGAGUUAAAGCAGAGCUGACUCCUAAGGACAAUGUCUACACCAGUGAACUGAUCUCCAAGGAUGGCCAAGCCACCUUUGAGAUCCCCUCCAUCCCUACAGCUGCUCAGUAUGUCUGGCUUGAGACCAAGGUGAUGUCAAUUGAUGGGAAGACCGUGGGAGACCAGUACUUACCGAGCUACCUGUCAAUAAGUAGUUGGUACUCUCCAAGUAGGUGUCACGUCCAGAUCCAGAGCCCCAGUGCCCCUCUCAAAGUUGGCCAGGAAGCCGAAGUGGCCCUUAAAUCCACAUGUCCAUGUAACUUCACCUUACACUACGAGGUGGCAUCCAGGGGAAACAUCGUCCUCUCAGGGAAACAGCCAGCCAACCUGACGGCCUCGCACCGAGAAAAGAGGGCGACAGUCAUCUUUGAUAAGAACGUCCACGCCACCCAACUCCCUCCUUCUGCCUCUGGAAGUGUUGCAGAUGUUUCCUCACAGACGGAGAUGGACAGCUGUCUGUCUUAUUUACGUUUCCCUGUAAGUCACAGCAUGGCGCCCAUCAGCCGGCUGCUGGUGUACUACGUGAGACAAAACGGCGAGGGUGUCACAGAUAGUCUGCAGAUUUCUGUGCAGCCUGAGUUUGAGAACCAGGUGUCCGUCUCUUUGUCGUCUAAUCAGUCCAUGCCAGGGGACCCAGUGACCCUGCGUGUCCGGGCUGAGAAGGGCUCCUGUGUUUGCGUUGCCGCUGUGGAUAAGAGUCUGUACCUGUUAAAACCUGACUUUCAGCUGAGUCCUGACAAGGUGUUUAAGGAGCUGGCAGAAUUUGAUGUUUCAGAUGUCUUCGGCAUUCCUAAAGAUGAUGGACACUUCUGGUGGCCUGGCCUGUCGUCAAAGAGACGCAGACGCUCCUCUGUGUUCCCAUGGCACUGGGACAUCACUAAGGAUGCUCGCUUUGCUUUCGCAGAAACAGGGCUGGUGGUGAUGACGGAUAUGGUGAGUUUAAAUCACCGGCAGAGCGGCGGCAUGUACACGGAUGAGGCUGUUCCUGCCUUUCAGCCACACACCUCCACCUUAGUGGCUGCCACACACCCCCGCCCCACAAGCAGAGCGGAGAGUCGGAGACGCACAUUUUUCCCAGAGACGUGGGUGUGGCACUGCCUCAAUGUUAGCUCUGACACGGGGGAAGCUGACCUGCAGCUGGACCUGCCGGAUUCCAUCACCACCUGGGUCACGGAAGCUGUUGGCCUGUCUGAAGAGAAGGGAUUGGGUUUAGCAAAGAGGGCAGAGCUUCGUACUUUCAAGCCCUUCUUUGUUGAUUUUACGCUGCCCUACAGCUUAAUCAGAGGGGAGCAGACCAAAGUUCCCCUCACCGUGUACAACUACCUGCCCACCUGUUCUGAGGUUCAUGUAAAAGUGUCAGUUGCAAAGGGCAUCAAGUUUAUUGGCCAUCCUGGAAAGCACCACCUUACCAGAAAGAAGUGUGUUGCUCCCGGACAGGCUGCUCCCACCUCCAUUGUGUUGUCCUUCACCGAACUGGGAUCGGUUAACAUCACAGCUCGGGCCAUUGCCUACAGUGCACCAAGCUGCUGUUCAGAUGGUUUCCUGACAGGCAAAAUGGGAAACGAUUUGGACGACAGGAGGAUCCCAACCGGCGUGGACUAUGUCCGCAGGACCGUCCUGGUGGAGCCAGAAGGCCUUCCCAGAGAAUACACCUACAGUGUUUUCUUCUGUCCCAACGAGAGGAUCCAUAUUUCCACUCCUAACAAGUACGAGUACCAGUAUGUCAAAAAGCCGGCGAAGAUGAGCCAGUUUGAGGUGGCGGUGAAGACCCACAACGAUGCCCACAUCGCCCUCUCCGCCAGCCCACAUGACAGCGCAGAGAUGCUUGAAAUUGUCCUGGGUGGCAGGCAGAACACCCGCUCCUGGAUUUCCUUAGGCAAGAUGGGCGAUGCACUCGUCAGCGCCUCUACACCCAGUAUCCUGUCCUGGGAUGAAUUCCGCAGUUUUUGGAUCAGCUGGAGGGGAGGAUCGGUACAGGUGGGCCAUGGUUUGCAUCCAUCUAAUGAGUCUGUCAUCCUCCAGUGGGCAGGUCAAGUCCCAGGACAGGUGCAACAUAUUGGCUUCUCGACAGGCUGGGGCUCAGUGGGGGAGUUUAAGAUCUGGAAGAAGGAGGACUCUGAUGACAACCACAGUGAGGCCUUUACGCUGGGGGUCCCACACAACAUGGUCCCUGGAUCAGAAAAGGCUACUGCAUUUAUGAUUGGGGAUGUCAUGGGACCAACUCUUAAUAACCUGGACAAGCUGCUGAGGCUUCCCUUUGGGUGUGGCGAGCAAAACAUGAUCCACUUUGCCCCUAACGUCUUUGUUCUGAAGUACUUGCAGAAGACCAGGCAGCUCACCCCUGAGGUUGAAAAUGAAGCAACUGACUACCUGCUGCAAGGCUACCAGAGGCAGCUGACAUACAAACGGCAGGAUGGAUCCUAUAGUGCCUUUGGGGAAAGGGAUUCCUCUGGGAGUAUGUGGUUGACAGCAUUUGUGCUGAAGUCCUUCGCUCAGUCUCGCGGAUUCAUCUUCAUUGACCCCGAGGAGCUUCGCGCAGCCAAGUCUUGGCUCAUCAAAUAUCAGCGAGAAGACGGUUCCUUCCCCGCCAUGGGACGCAUCCUCAACAAAGACCUGCAGGGAGGAAUCCAUGGAAAGAUUUCUCUUACAGCGUAUGUGGUAGCAGCUCUGCUGGAGACAGGAAUCACCACAGAGGAGGAGAAAGUGUCAGUGGCCAAAGCCAAGGACUUCUUGGAGAGCAACACGUAUUCGGCUGAUGAUCCGUACACCACCGCUCUGUCCGCAUACACCUUGGCUCUGCUGCGCAGCCCUUACGCCCUGCUGGCGCUGCGUCGUCUCAACCACAUGGCCAUCACACAAGAUGGACUUACCCACUGGAGUCUGACUGGCAGUACGGUGUCUGACGAAGACACUUUCAUGGGCUUCAGCGAUGGCCUUUCUCAGUCAGUGGUGUCAGCAGAGGUGGAGAUGACCGCCUACGGGCUUCUGACCUACACCCUGGUGGGGGAUGUGGCGUCUGCCCUCCCUGUGGUUAAAUGGCUCUCCCAACAAAGGAAUGCCUUGGGCGGCUUUUCCUCCACGCAGGACACGUGUGUGGCUCUGCAUGCUCUGUCAGAGUAUGCCAUCCUGUCUUAUGUAGGCGGGGUAAACCUCACCAUCUCACUGGCCUCCACCAACCUCGACUUCCAGGAGACCUUUGAACUAAACAGGGACAACAAGAAACUCCUUCAGAGUGCCAAGAUCCCCAGUAUCCCUACAGGGCUUUUCGUCAGUGCUAAAGGAGAGGGUUGCUGCCUCAUGCAGAUUGAUGUGUCUUACAACGUGCCUGACCCAGUGUCCAAGCCGGCUUUUCAGCUAAAAGUGGACCUGAAAGAGCGUCCUCAGGAGCGGCACCCUCAACCCGCCUCUUCCUCUUCCCGUCAUUCAACGUCACGCUCCCGGAGUCGAGCGGACAAUCGCUCCGAGCUCAGUCGGAAGCGGCGGGCACCGGUUGAUGAUGACGACCCAGCAGCCCACCAGGACAAAAUGGACUUUAACAUCUCCUUAGAAGUUUGUGCCAGAUGGCUCCACUCAGGCUCAUCUAACAUGGCAGUCAUAGAAGUUCCCAUGAUUUCUGGCUUCCGAGCAGAUGUCGAAAGUCUAGAGAGGGUACUGAUGGACAAGAGAGUAGGCCUGAAGAGAUACGAGCUGAGUGGGAGAAAAGUCUUGUUCUACUUCGAUGAGAUUCCCAGUCAGUGUAUGACGUGUGUAGCCUUCCAAGCUGUCAGGGAAUACAUCGUGGGCAAGACUGCGCCUGUCCCGGUCAAGAUCUACGACUACUAUGAACCAGCGUUUGAGGCCACCAGAUUCUACAACGUGAGUGAGAGCAGUCCGCUUGCACGGGAGCUGUGUGAUGGGCCUACUUGCAACGAGGUGGAGAGUUCAACCAAUCAGUGGAUAGGUUUCGUGCAGGCAAAUCAGUGCAACAAUGUGUUUGGCUGUCUGGAGGAGGAGCAGUUUGAGCGUUGCACAUGUUACAGGGACUGUGGCUACGACGGGGAGCCUGUCUGUGGCUCAGACGGCCAGCUCUACCAGAACCAGUGUCAGUUGGAAGUCUUUGCCUGUCGAAACGGGACGCGCAUCAAGCAGGUUCCACUGUCCCAGUGCCCACACAUGGAGAGCACCAAAGACAAUCAGUCAGUAGUGAGCCAGGAAACGGAGCAGCCCUCUGUCCCUGUAAGCACAGGUGAGGAGGAACAGGGCUCAGUUGCAGAGGUGUCUUACUACUCCUAUGAAUAUGACUUAGAUUCCGAGCCUUUUCUUGCCGAUGCAGAAGGAAGGGACAGUUUUGACGUGCCUGACGGUGGAGGGGGUUUAGGGCAUAAGGUGGACCUACCGGCAGACACCCAGCUACCCACAAUGGGAACAAAAAACACACCUGACCGAUGAACUGAAGAAGCCGUGUCCAGCUCCAAAUUGUAUCAUAUUUGUGAAUAUGUUUGUGAAUGAAAAGAAAAGAGGCAUCUGGGACUUCUUUGGAGUAAGAUUUGGCUGCUCAUGAAAAUGAGCGGGUAAAUGUUUGUUAUUAAGUAAAUGGAGUCCGAGUGGAUGCCUUUUAUCAUGUAUGUUUGUUUCUGUGUGCAGUUGGAUGUGAAUGUAUAUUAUUAUUAUUGUUAUUAUUAAUAUUAUUAUUAUUAUUGUUAUUAUUAUUAUUAUUAUUAUUAUUAUUAUUAUUAUUAAGCUAGAAACCUCCAGACAUGUCUUCCUGUAAACUCUUAGUAAGCAAUAAGCACCAUAAUUAUUCACUGUGCUGCCUUUAUAAUCACUAGAAGAAAUAAUCAACUAUUUAUGUUUGUAAUGACACCAGAUGUUAAGCAAAAUGUGUUGUUAUAUUUUCUAUCUGUGGUAUUUAUUUUUAGUUAGAGUUCAUGUUUUUAUUUUUGUUUAAUUCAUUACCCUUCCAUGCGGCUUACUAAUUUCAUUUUCUGUUUUUUAUUUUUUCUUUAAUUGCAAGCUUUAACUGAAUAUUUGGAAGUUCUGAUAACAUUUCUGUGCUGUUUCCUGCUGGUAAGAGAAAGAAAAUAUGCUAACCAUGUGCUUUACAGAAACAUAUGUUAUGUUUUUCAUUCUAAAGAUAUUUUGAUUCUUUUUUUGUUGUAUCUGUUAGCACAAAGGAGACAGGGAAACAAAACUGGGAAAGGGGAACAGACAUGCAACAAAAGCCUCUGAUCAUCUCAGAUCACAGACUGUACAUUUGUUGGAAAGAUGCCUUUCUGUCGCUGGUCCACCUUGACUCUCCAUCCGUCUUUGAAACUACCCAACCACGACACCUUCAUCAUCCGCUCUGACCAUCCACCUACGGUGGGAUCUGAUUGUACAGUUCAUAAGCUAUUUUGUUUUUGUUCGGUUUCCAUUUGUGAAGAAAUCAAUUUAAAAAUAAAGUCUGAAGUUUUGAGUCUCUGUAAAUGCACCAAAUUUGAUUACAUUCAAUACUGAUUCAUAUCAAAAUUUGUGUUUUUGUUGUUUUGUUUUUUUUUUUUUUAACAAGAAUGAAAAUAAA